UCAACAGGUUUUUUAAUACAAAACCAGGUAUAGAUAUAUAGAUAGAGAGAGAGAGAGGGAGAGAGAAUGGGUGUGGGUUUCAGUCACAAAUGUAGAGAGAGAAAGAGAGGGUGGUAGAAGUAGUAGCAGAGAAGACAACCCCGCCCAAAUCGACACACGAAAUAGCAAAGUCAUUGAUUUAUGCAAUUGGUGGCAUUAUUAAUAUCGCAAUCAGAACAAGAUGCAGAGACAAUGGAGGAUAUCAUCAUCAGGAAGAGAAUCGAUGAGAUCAUUUCGCUUUCUCAUAAUGCUACUUAGUUUUUGGUGCUCUAAUGAUUCUUCUUCUUUGGCUUUGGACGCAAGACAAUUAUCAUCAACAAGGCAAAGAAACAAUGGCAAUGACGCAGUGUCUUUAUUGGCUUUCAAACAAUCCUCAGUAGAUACUGAUCUAAAUGGUUUUUUGGAAGAUUGGGUUCAAGCUUCUUCAAACCCGUGUUCAUGGCGAGGUGUCUCGUGCUCCGUCGAUAGCAGAGUUACAGCGCUCAAUCUCACCGGCGGCGGUCUCUCAGGCCGCCUCCAUCUCUCCGAUCUCAUGGCUUUGCCUAGUCUCACCCACCUCCAUUUUAGUGGCAACUUUUUCUCCGGUAACCUUUCAUCCAAUUCUGCGUCUUGCAGCUUUGAGACCCUCGAUUUGUCGGCCAACAACUUAUCGGAACCACUCGUUGCACAGUCUCUGUUAACCUCUUGUGACCGGCUUGUCUCUCUGAAUCUCUCUCGCAAUUCAGUCCCAAGUGGUACUUUGCAAUUUGGCCCUUCUCUUUCGCAACUUGACCUCUCUCGGAACAAAAUUUCAGACAUGAGCCUCUUGAAUUACACUCUCUCCAACUGCCAGAACUUGAAUCUGGUUAAUUUUUCAGACAACAAGCUGACCGGAGUGCUAGCUAGCUCACUCUCUUCUUGCAAAAGCAUUUCAACUCUCGACCUCUCUUGUAAUGAUUUGUCAGGGCCAAUACCGGCCACCCUUGUGGCAGACUCGCCGGCGGUUCUGAGAUUUCUUGAUCUCUCACAUAAUAACUUCACCGGCGACAUCUUGGGUCUUGAAUUUGGGAGUUGUCGCAAUCUUACUGUGCUCAAUCUCUCUUUUAACCGCCUGUCUGUUAGUGAGUUUCCGGCUAGCUUGACGAAUUGCCAGCUUCUUCAAACGCUUGACAUUGGCCACAAUGAGCUGAAUCUUGGUAUUCCAGGUGCCUUAUUGGGAAAGUUGAAGAACUUGAAGCAGCUGUCUUUGGCCCACAAUCAGUUUUCCGGUGAUAUUCCGCCGGAGCUUGGGCAUGCUUGUGGGACUCUUGAGGAGCUUGAUCUUUCGGGGAACCGAUUAACUGGUGGGCUUCCUUCCACUUUUUCACUGUGCUCUUCAUUGUUCAACCUCAACCUUGGUAACAAUCAGCUUUCUGGCAAUUUUCUCAGUACAGUCGUCAGUUCUCUAAAAAAUCUAUGGUAUCUCUAUGUACCUUUCAACAACAUAAGUGGUACUGUGCCACAGUCCUUGACAAACUGUACUCAACUUCGAGUGCUCGACAUAAGCUCAAAUGGCCUAACAGGGAAUGUACCUUCUGGGUUUUGCUCAUCAGCAUCCUCCUCUUCUCUGGAAAAGCUAGUUUUACCCAAUAAUUAUCUCACGGGGAUGGUACCAUCAAAGCUUGGAAACUGCAAGAACCUGAAGACCAUUGAUCUUAGUUUCAAUAGCCUUACUGGUUCAAUUCCCCUCGAAAUUUGGACCCUCCCAAAUCUUUCAGACGUGGUAAUGUGGGCAAACAAUCUUACGGGAGGUAUCCCGGAAGGCAUUUGCAUCAAUGGAGGAAAUCUUCAGACCCUGAUUCUCAACAAUAAUCUUAUUACUGGAACCCUUCCAGUGUCUAUUGCCAAAUGUACUAAUUUGAUUUGGGUGUCGCUGUCCAGCAACCGGCUCAUAGGGGAAAUCCCUGCAGGCAUUGGGAAUCUCGUAAACCUGGCUAUUCUUCAAUUGGGUAAUAAUUCACUUACUGGAGUGAUCCCACCAGGGCUAGGUGAGUGCAGAAGCCUCAUUUGGCUUGAUUUAAAUAGCAAUUCCCUGACUGGUUCCAUUCCACCAGAGCUUGCCAGUGAAGCUGGCCUAGUUGUUCCUGGAAUUGUUUCUGGGAAGCAGUUUGCGUUUGUGAGAAAUGAGGGUGGGACAGCAUGCAGAGGUGCUGGAGGACUAGUUGAAUAUGAGGGAAUUCGGGCGGAUAGGCUGGCAAAUUUUCCUAUGGUUCACUCAUGCCCAUCAACUAGAAUCUACUCUGGUGUGACUGUUUACACAUUUCCAAGUAAUGGCAGCAUGAUCUACCUUGAUCUCUCCUAUAAUUCCUUGUCAGGAACUAUUCCCAACAGUUUGGGUUCCAUGAACUUUUUGCAGGUUUUAAAUUUGGGACACAACAAUCUAACAGGAAACAUCCCCUUCAGCUUUGGAGGUUUGAAGGGUGUUGGAGUUCUUGAUGUCUCUCAUAAUAAUUUACAGGGGUUCAUCCCAGGAUCAUUAGUUGGUCUCUCAUUUCUUAGUGACCUUGAUGUUUCAAACAAUAAUCUUACUGGGAGUAUACCUUCAGGUGGUCAGCUGACUACUUUCCCAGCUUCUAGGUAUGAGAACAAUUCGGACCUUUGUGGGGUUCCCUUGCCUCCUUGUGGCUCUGGAAAUAAAGGCCAUCCGCAAAACUCUCGCAAUCAUGGAAAGAAGCAGUCUGUGGCUAUAGGGAUGGUCAUUGGCAUUGCAGUCUCUGUUUUCUCCAUCCUCAUGCUCACACUUGCCCUUUACAGGGUGAGAAAGUAUCAGGAAAACGAGCAAAAAAGAGAAAAGUAUAUUGAGAGCCUUCCCAACUCCUGCAGCAGCAGCUGGAAACUUUCCAGUGUUCCUGAGCCUCUAAGUAUCAAUGUAGCGACAUUUGAGAAGCCUUUGCGGAAGCUGACCUUUGCCCAUCUGCUUGAGGCUACCAAUGGUUUCAGUGCUGACAGCUUGAUUGGGUCUGGAGGGUUUGGUGAGGUCUACAAAGCCCAACUUAGAGAUGGCUGUGUCGUUGCAAUCAAGAAACUUAUUCAUGUUACAGGUCAGGGAGACAGGGAGUUCAUGGCUGAAAUGGAGACUAUAGGGAAGAUUAAACACCGAAACCUGGUUCCCUUGCUGGGUUACUGCAAGAUUGGAGAGGAGAGGCUUCUCGUGUACGAGUACAUGAAAUGGGGAAGCCUGGAGGAUGUUCUUCACGAUAGAGCCAAAGGAGGCAGUACAAAGCUCGACUGGGCAGCUAGGAAGAAAAUUGCCAUUGGGUCAGCAAGAGGACUAGCAUUUCUUCACCACAGCUGCAUUCCCCACAUAAUCCAUCGGGACAUGAAGUCUAGCAAUGUGCUUCUAGAUGAAAACUUCGAAGCGAGAGUUUCUGAUUUUGGCAUGGCAAGACUGGUGAAUGCCCUUGACACUCAUCUCAGUGUGAGUACGCUUGCUGGGACUCCAGGUUAUGUCCCCCCAGAGUACUAUCAGAGUUUCAGGUGCACCACAAAAGGUGAUGUGUACAGUUAUGGAGUUGUAUUACUGGAGCUUCUCUCAGGAAAGAGGCCAAUUCAUCCAUUGGAGUUUGGUGAUGACAACAAUCUUGUUGGAUGGGCAAAGCAGCUACUAAAGGAUAAAAGAAGUCAUGAAAUCUUGGAUCCUGAACUAAUAUCAAAUAUGUCUGAUGAGGCUGAACUAUUGCAUUACCUAAAGAUUGCCUUUGAGUGCCUUGAUGAAAAGGCUUUCCGGAGGCCCACCAUGAUUCAGGUGAUGGCAAUGUUCAAAGAAAUGCACGUAGAUUCAGAAAGUGAUAUUCUUGAUGAUAUGUCAGUGAAAAAUUCAGUAAUUGAGGAGUCACAAGAGAAAGACACUUAGUCGAUGACAAUUGAGCAGGGUGCAGAACUGAAAACGUUCUGCUCUACGUCCUGGUACCCCAGAUGUGGUUGUAAUGAUUGAAACUUUUGAAAUUACAGAGGCGGGGUUGAUUCUUCACAUUUUGCCCACUGUACAUAAUAGAACACCGAACGAGGCAGAAGUUAUGGAAAAGGGAAAAGAAAACAUGCAAAUGGCGUUAUCCUCAGUUGUGUAAAUUGGGGUAACUUCAUUUUAUUUCCUUCGGUCAUUGCAUCCACCAGUGAAGACUUGGAAUCUUUGUUCCUUUUCCAUAUACUUCUGCUUUCUGUCAAGUUUUGCUAACUGAUGUGCUGCAAUUUGUUUGUUACAAAUUACAAUUGCUAAUUUUUGUUGUUAAUAGAAAGUUGGGAAUUUGAUAAGUGGAAUAGCUUUGAUUAUGUAAAGUUGUAGGCUUGUGGGCAGUGAUUUUUCUUUGGAUAUGUUGAAUCAUCAAAAUUUCAUUUGCAA